GAGCGCAUUUUAGUUCGAAUCUAAAUAUGAUAUCAUUUAUUUAUACGUUUUACUUAGUCGCUCUUUAAUCAUACUUAUUAGAAGUGCUGAUCUAAGAUAUUAAUUAAAUUCAGAGCGUAUUAUAGUGAUUACAAAGUCAUCAUCUUUAACAAAACACUCUUUGCACUUAUUGUUGAGUAAAAAAAAAGCGAACAAAAAGUGCAAAAAAUACUCGCUAUUAAUCAUGAAACAUUUUAUUUUGAAUUUUUAUAUUUCUGUUUGUACAGAACAGUGCGGUGCGGAGCGAUCUUGCAACGUAACACAAAACUCGGUGAUAUUUAAAAAUAAAAUCGGAGAAUCGUUUAGAUUUUUUUUUUUAUCAAAAUCUCCCUUUAAUUAUCUAACAUUGAUUACGUGUUAGAAAGUAAUAAAAUUCUACUUAAUUAUUAUUCACAAAGCAAUCUCGGAUACGACGACGUAACCGCACGAAUUUUUGGCAGGAGCAUCAUUCCCUAAGGCAAGGUGGACGUCACUUUCUUGAUCAUCGGCAAAGGUGGGAGUCGGUAUAAAGAGAGGAUAUAUUCCAUGACGAUGGUCAGUGAGUUCAGUGAGAGUGCCGCGAUCAUUUCACCGUUGUGCCGUGAAAGUUAAAUAUGAAGCUGGUCCUUGAACUCUUGACGGUCACGUGGUGCUCGAUAGUCGUGGCGGCUCGGUCAGCAGAAAUGGCGGAGGGCGAUCAGGAGACGCUAAUGAAGAGAGCCGCGGAGCAGCUCGAGCGAUUAGCGCCGUACAGAAGAACGGCGGAGGAUCGCACGGAGGAUCUCUCGAACUUGCUGGAGACCUGGAAGUCUCUGGCGGAUCAGAAUCAAUUGGACGGGACAAAGAGCGACGUGGAGCAAGCUGUACCAUGGGAGAUACCCGAGAUCUCGCCCGAACAGGCGGAAGAGAUGCCGGAUGCCGCGAAGAGGCUCGACGACGAGAAGAAAAUGAUAACCAUCGGCGUUAUCGCCGAUCCGCGAUACGCCGCCCUGAUGCGAGACAGAAUAAAAAGGGGCUUCGAUUACGGAUCCGCCAGUCUUCUAACCGGCAUAGCGGGCGGGGUGCUAAGUGGGGUGGCCAGUGCGUCGAGUGGUUCCGCGGCGAAGGCAUCAGCGGGUAGCAGCGAACAGGCGUAUAAGGCACCGAUAUACGGUGCACCUACGGUGGAGCACACCUACCACUCGUAUGAGGAGAAGCCGUUCGGUCCGUGGGAUUUCAAGAAGGCGAUUUUUAGCACGUUGUACCAAGCGCUCAAGGCGAUAGGCGGUGGCGUGUUGGCUCUCAAAGGUCAACUGGUCAAAGGGGGUGGUUACUUACUGGCGGGUAAAGGCAAAGUUGUUAGUAAAGCGGGGGACGUUAUCACCUCCUUCGGUAAACAAUUGGCGGCUAGCGUGCAACCGAAACCAGAAGGUUACUACGAUCAUCCGCCGAUAGGACCACCGCCAGGCUCCGAUGACUAUCAUGAAGGACCCAAUGAUUUUUCUCCACACGGAACUUACAGUGUGCCAUCAGACGACCACGGCCAGGGCGGCCUGCUGAUCGUGACACCGACGAAAUCUGACCUGGACGAGCACAACGACCAGCACACGAACGUGGCGGUGCAAAACGGUCCGGAUCCGGCCAAAUUAGAGGAGAGUUUCGGUGGGCCAACCUCCACCAUCAAGAAUCUUUUGAACAGCGUGCCAAAGGGUAGCGUCGGUUUGAAGGAUCAGAUCGUAGCUGGCCAGCAGGGCAGUCACCACAACGAUAACAAUGCGAACCUUCCCAUCAAGUAUCCAGUCGCAAGCUACGGUGUACCGGACUAUCCCAUAAACACCCCCGACGCAUUAGGCAACUACGGGCAGAAGUAUCCCGCUGCUCAAGACGGCGCUUACCAAUUACGGCCCGAAUUACCGAUCCUGCCGCCGCAUCAUCACUUCCCGAACUUGGGCCUGGAUCCCAAUCUGUCGAUCCAGCCGGACUUGCUGCAGCAGAUUCCCAACAUAGGCGCUUUGCCGCCCAAGUUGCCGCACGAAGACGGCGGCACGUCGGUGUACGCGAGCGUGUCCGUGGACACCGAGCCGCAGCUCGCGCCCUUGAAGGUGUCCCUUCUCGGGGGCCAUUCGGACAGUCUCGAUCUGCCCAAGUUGCAGCCGCAUGUAAAUUUUCACGGGCAGCCCGAGUUCGCGAAUUACCUUCAUGGCAGCUUGGGCGGCCCGUUGAGGGUGCCGCUCCUUAACCCGAUGCCGUCGGCCUACUACUGGCAGAGCCAAGGAUCGCUGAUACCGACCUCAGCUCUCGACACGCUGGAUCACUUCCAUAAGAGAAACGCCCUCCAGAGGCGGGCGUUCGCCAAACGACUCGCGCGAUACGCGUCGUUGCAGAAGACGAGGCUCCAUCGGCUGUAAGGUCGAGUGGUCUACGCGGUUGCGUAUUAUCCACGUCCGGCCAGAUACAGGUACAAAUGGCUGUAUCCUUACGGACG